GACAAAGAUGAGGAUAGGAACCGCUUGAAAGUGGGGGAAAGUGCCGGCGCCUCCGCCACCGGGAAAGCCGCUCGGCAGAGGCGAAGCCCGCGGCCACCCAAGAUACACUGGGGCGCGCGGCCCGGGCCAUGAGGCUGUGAACGCCACCACUCCCCACCCCGCCCAGGGCAGCCCAGCGCCAGGCCAGCAAUCACCCAAGGACCUGACCGGCUGAGUCUUGGUUCGGACCGGACUCGCCCGGCGGCGGCCAAGAGAAGAGGCGGAGAGCAGCGGCGGGGCCAGGGGGCCCGAGGGCCGGGGGCCCAAAGGGAGGGCAAGGCGGCCCGAGCCGCCGGGGCGCGGGGCUAUGAUGGUGCACUGUGCUGGUUGCGAGCGGCCCAUCCUCGACCGCUUUCUGCUGAACGUGCUAGACCGCGCGUGGCACAUCAAGUGCGUUCAGUGCUGCGAGUGUAAGACCAACCUCUCGGAGAAGUGCUUCUCGCGCGAGGGCAAGCUCUACUGCAAAACUGACUUCUUCAGGCGCUUCGGCACUAAGUGCGCGGGCUGCGCGCAAGGCAUCUCGCCCAGUGACCUGGUGCGUAAGGCCCGCGGCAAAGUCUUCCACCUCAGCUGCUUCACCUGCACGGUCUGCAACAAGCAGCUGUCCACGGGUGAGGAGCUCUACGUCAUCGACGAGAACAAGUUUGUGUGCAAGGACGACUACCUGAGCUCGGCCAGCCUCAAGGAGGGCAGCCUCAACUCAGUGUCGUCCUGUACGGACCGCAGCUUGUCCCCGGACCUCCAGGACCCACUCCAGGACGAUCCCAAGGAGACGGACAACUCGACGUCGUCGGACAAGGAGACGGCCAACAACGAGAACGAGGAGCAGAACUCGGGCACGAAGCGGCGCGGCCCGCGCACCACCAUCAAAGCCAAGCAGCUGGAGACGCUCAAGGCCGCCUUCGCCGCCACGCCCAAGCCCACGCGCCACAUCCGCGAGCAGCUGGCGCAGGAGACCGGCCUCAACAUGCGCGUCAUCCAGGUGUGGUUCCAGAACCGACGGUCCAAAGAGCGCCGGAUGAAACAGCUGAGCGCCCUGGGCGCCCGGAGACACGCCUUCUUCCGGAGUCCGAGGCGCAUGCGCCCGUUGGGCGGCCGUUUGGACGAGUCUGAGAUGUUGGGGUCCACUCCGUACACCUACUACGGAGACUACCAGGGCGAUUACUAUGCGCCGGGAGGCAACUACGACUUCUUCGCGCACGGCCCGCCGUCGCAGGCGCAGUCCCCGGCCGACUCGAGCUUCCUGGCCGCCUCGGGGCCCGGCUCGACGCCGCUGGGCGCGCUGGAGCCGCCGCUCGCCGGCCCGCACGCCGCCGACAACCCCAGGUUCACCGACAUGAUCUCGCACCCGGACACGCCGAGCCCCGAGCCGGGCCUGCCGGGCGCGCUGCACCCCAUGCCCGGCGAGGUGUUCAGCGGCGGCCCCAGCCCACCCUUCCCCAUGAGCGGCACCAGCGGCUACAGCGGACCCCUGUCGCACCCCAACCCCGAGCUCAACGAGGCCGCCGUGUGGUAAGGCCGUCGGGCCGGGCCGCCCCCCGCCCCCCGCGCUCGGCCCUGGGGCCCCGCCCGGCCGUCCACACCCCCUCACCCCCCCAACCCCCGCGCCCGGGACGCAGCCUCCCGAAACCAAAGCGCCCGACGCGGCUGCGGCGCGGGGCGCCCUCGGGGUCUCUCUCUCGAGUCCGAGCUCAACCGGCAGCUGCUUCUCUGCUCGGCGCGGAGGGGUACCGGCCCCCGCAUCUGCAUCCACCCCUGGGACUCUCCGGGAACCCCCUGCCCUCCGCCAGCGCUCCCUGGCAGCCGCGAGCAAUUUCUUGGGACCAAAGUGAAUACGGAGGGUCGAGAGAUUUGAGGCACGCUCUAGACUUCCCCCGACCCCCCCACCACCACCCCGCACCUCUUUGGACCAAGAGAGGGCUGAAGCCAAGGGACAGAGACAAUUUUUUUCCCCCUCCUUGCAAUCCGAGUGGCAUUUUGUAAUCUUAUUUCUCACUCUGCUUUCCACUCUU